GUUUGAGUGUGAUUUGUCUGCAAUCUUAAAUGUCAUACUUAUUAGAAGAGUAGUAUUUUUGAGCUCAAAUAUAUCGGAAUGGCUGAAAACAGAGAAGAAAUUCUUGCAAAUUUUCAGGGUAUCACAAAUAUAGAAGAUGUUGCUGAAGCAAUAUUUCACUUAGAAGAAACAAAUUGGGACUUACUUUCGGCAAUCAAUAGAGUAAUGCCUCAAGAUGACAACAAUUCAGCAUCUCAGUCCAAUGACACUCAUGAUGUGGAGAUGAUAGAUGAUGAUAUAUCUGUGAUAACUCUUAAAAAACCACACCCGCCUGAUCGGGAAGAUAGAAAUCAAGCUUCAACCUCAUCUCCUAAAAAUAAUUCCGUUGACUUAAUAGAGUUACAAGUUCAUUGUAAUAAUAAAAUACAUGAAAUAAAAAUAUCUGGUGCAUCAACUGUCCAUGAUCUCAAGAAGCAAUUAGAGUUAGUUUGCGGUGUACCAGUGUGUAGGCAGCAGAUAUCUGGGCUGGGCGGCUCACGGGCUACUUCUGCAGCCACACUCUCAAGUUUAGGACUUGCUCGUAACGGAGUGUUGGGCCUCAAAGCUGCAGAACGACUUAUGGAUGAUGACGAGGUAGCAGAGAGAUUAACAACGACAUAUGUUCUUCGAGUGAAACAUGAUCAAAGAGAAUAUACACUGAAAUAUCCCGGCACUAAAACUGUACAAGAAGUCAAAAAUGAUCUCUAUUCCCUCACAGAUAUACCUGUUCGACAUCAGGUUUGGACCGGCUGGCCUACUGUGACAGGAUUAGAUGACACGGUACUUGCCAUGGUUGGUUUAGACUUACCUCAACACGAACUAACCGUCAAACGUGCACCUAGUAAACAACGAGAAUACAAGAGAAUAGUAGUCGAAAGUUCGGAUAGUGAUAAUAGUUCAGUAGAAGAAGUUGAAGAUGGAGACAGUUUUCCCACAGAAGAUGACAUGUUUGUUGAUGUAUCUUCAGAACGGCUACAACCACUCAUGUCUGAACAUGUCGAAGACGAAGCAUUAGGAUGUAUAGAAUUCGCACAGCGCUUCCGUGCUCGCUAUGGACCCAAUACGCCAAAUUUCUUCGAAGGAACCUUACAGGAUGCUAUCAAGGAAUCCUGCCUGAAACCUGCGAAAGAGAGAAAGCUACUAGGAGUAUACUUACAUCACGAACAAUCAGUUUUGUCCAAUGUGUUCUGCGCUCAACUAUUAGGUUGUGAAACUGUUCUACAGACUCUUGCUGCCAACUUUGUACUCUACGGAUGGGAUCUUACACAUCCACAUAAUAAUAAUAUGCUGCUGACGUCGAUAGCGAGCGCGCUGGGCCCCGUGGCCAGCAUGACGAUCCGCAGCAUACCCGUGGAGCGCCUGCCCGCGCUGCUCAUCAUCAUGCGCGUGCGCUCCAACACCGAGAUAUACUCCGUCAUCAAUGGUAAUGUUGGAGUGUCCGAAUUGGUGGGCAGUCUAGUCGAAGCUCUAGAGAGAUUUGCGUCGCAACGUGAGGAGGAUGCGCGGUUAGAGAGGGAAAGAGAUGCAAGACAACGAGUCAAACUCGAGCAAGACGAGGCAUAUCAGCGCAGUCUCGAAGCUGACAGGGCGAAAGAAGAAGUAAAAAAGCAACAAGAAUUAGAAAGAAAUCAAGAAUUGGAGAGAGUAGAAUCAGAAAGACAAAUAGAGGAAGCCAGAAAAGAGGCGCUCCGAGCUGGAGCGGAAGCGCGGCUCCCAGCGGAGCCAGCCGAAGGCGACGGCGACGUGGCGCGCGUGCGCGUGCGCCUGCCGCCGCCGCACCACGCCUGCCUCGAGCGACGCUUCCACGCGUCCGACACGCUCGCCGCUUUACUAGACUUCCUUGCAUCGAAAGGUUACCCAAAAGAAAACUACAAGGUUAUCGCUAGCUGGCCUAGAAGAGACCUCACUAUGGAAUCUCACAGUAGUACACUGAAGGCGCUCAAGUUAUACCCACAGGAGACGGUCAUGUUGGAGGAACGGUGAAUGUGACACGCCACAGCUGCCGCGGAACGUACAUGAUUCACGAAUAAACAGAGGGUACCGAUAUCAAACAGUUUCAAACUACCCGCAUUUCACCCAACUUCGACCAACUUCGUUUAUUAAAUCACACGAUCAGUUAUAUUUUAAUGUAUCCCUGUCUAAAUAUGUAGUAUAUAUAUAUAUAUAAGAUUCUCAUUAAUUUAAAAUUUAUUUUUGAAUUUUAUCAUUAAAAAUAUCAUUUAAUUCUCCCAUAUUAUACCUCCAUAAUGUAGACCGAGAGAUAGUGACUGAAAAUUCUAAGUGAUUUAUUGUACAAGUAUCCAACUUGACAUUUGUCGCACGAACAUUCUCGUAUUUAUCUUGGCCAUAAAAUACUAUAACUAAAACGAAGAGUAGCCUAUAUACCAAAUGCCUCAUCAUUUGAUAUCAAUUUUGUUAUUUUUUAAGAAUAUUUGUUUAAGCUACUCUUGAUGUCUAAUUUAGACUUUUUAGUGAAUACUUAUGGAAAUCUGAACGCAUGUUCCGCUGUAAAAUACAUAAAUUUUAUAAUUAAAAAAAUAAAGCCAAGCAUUAAAAAAAUAUUUUCUACAAAAUAGCACUUGAAUCGUGAAAAGUUAUGAUACAGUGACCAUUAAUAUACUUGCUAUAUUUUUGUGGAGAAGUGCAAAGGAGGUGACCUUUCUCGACUUACGCUAUUAUUUUAGUUUAUUUCGGUAUUCCAUCAAAAAACACCAUAAACUGAGAAAUUUACACGUAUUUACAGAAAAAAAAAAAACGAAAGUAAUUGAUUGAAUCAUAAACAGCAAUUACUCUCAUUAACCUCUACUACCUCUGUAUAGUACCCGAAAUUUACAGAUUCAUAAAAAAUAUCUGGUAACUAAAUAUUUCAUUAGUAAAUGAGAUUUUUUGUUAAACGAAUAUUCUGUCCGAACGGUUUGUCGUGAUGAUUUUCGUAAAAGAUUUAACUGAAAUUGUAAAUAAAAUAAAUAGCACGAAAUAAAUAUUUAAUAAAAAACACAUGUUCUAGUUAGUUAGUCACGCCAGUCCUCUAUGUAGUAUGGAAUACAUACAAGAAUCUUUGUGAAAUACACUUUGUCCUGCGUUUACGCUUCAAGGAAGCUAAGACCAUUAUUUAUCAUACCAUUGACAAAUCCUAAAGUUUCGCAUUAUUUUUAAUAAAUUACUAGAAAAUUUUAGUCACUGUCUCCCGGGCUAAUAGUAUUUCAUAUAUAAUGUACCACAUUUGUAAUUUAUAAAUUUUAAUAAAAUAGAGAUACUGCUAACAAAUAUACUUGUACAAAAUUGUAAUUAGAACUGCUAGACGUUCUAUUAACAUUAAGUUUAUUAAAUUUGAUGUCAAUAGAAUUCUCUUGUAUAAAUAAAUGUUUUUAAUUUAAAUUAAAUAACAAAAAAAAAUAUAUAAUACGCUGAAACUGCCAGCUUAAGUUACGCUAAGAGUCAGUGGAAAUAGUGACGUUCAUUCGUAGUAUUUAGGAGGCCCCUCUAUACUAUUAAUAGCUCAUAACAUAUUUGAAUACACAACGAAACUCACAUGUGCGUUUUGGUUGGCGACUGUAGACUAGUGUUGAUAAAAAUGUAACAUAUAUAUAUAUAUAUAUAUAUAUAUAUUGGCUUUGUUUAUCUUUGGUCUAAUUAUAUUUUGUACAAUACUAUUGAAAAACUAUUCUCAUUAAAUUAUCGUAGUCUUGAUUUACUAAUAUAUUUAUAUUGGUAUAUAUUAUAUUGGUUCCUUUACAGAUUAGAAGAUAAAAUUUAAUGUGUUUGCCUGAUUAGUGUAAUAAAUGUGUCUCUACUUCAAAAGAUCCAUAUUUAGUUUUUGUCAUUUCCCAACGAGAAGUAUUUUGGUGUGAAACUCGUAUGAGGCCGCGGUAUGGUAGUUAUUCCAUAUUGGUGCUGGUUCUGUUGACCACAAACUCACUUAUUUAACUGUCAAAAGUAUCGCUAUCUCUUUUUCAUAUGUGGUGUAAAAGGGAUAGCGUACUUUAGUUCUGUCAAAUGAGUAUAAAGUUUGUAAACUACAGAUGAAUUGGCACCAUUGAUUAAUGAAAGAUAGAUAUUUGUUUCUUUGUCAACAAUUCCUGGUCGAAUUGUGUAACUCAAGAGUCUUCAUCCAAUUAAUUAUUCGUGUAUAUUUAUAUAAAACUUACUAUACUAUUUCAAGAGCAGAAGGAGUAAAUAUAAACAAACUUUAGGUUUACAUUUAAACCUUACAAACAGUUUUUGAUUUAUUUUUUUUUAUUUAUAAUAUUGUAAAAGUGAUGCAAUGGCUACGAACCCUUUCAUUGUACGUUUAAAGUUCCAAUAACAACCUCGCACGUUGUCAAAAUGUCAUAAUUUCACGAAUACCACAGAUUAUGUAGACCUUGAUCAAUAAUGUCAUGUAAAUUCAAGGACAAAAUUGUUUAUAUUUACUCCCUCUACCAUUUGAAUCGACUAUAUAGGUACUAAUUGACAAUGCCGUUAUACAUAAUGAAUGCUCUGUUACUGGUAGAGGCUAAAUUUGCAAGCUUAUACGUUAUCUUUUUUCGUUUAAAACACUAUUAUUACAUCUUAAGUACAUUUUAUGUAAUGACAGUAAUAAUUAAAAUAUAUUAAUGUUUAAAAUAACGAGAAUAAAACUAACAAGCAGGAAAGCUUAUAACUGCCGACAUUCAUAUCAUUCUUCGGAUAUAAAUUCAAAAUAAUUAUUAAUGAUUGUUUUAGAAAUUGAGGAACAUUCGGAUUUAAAAAAACUUUCUUUUUAAUUUUCAAAAUUACUCUUGCAAGAUAGCCUCUUGCCUCGUAUCCAUUUAUAACUAAAACAAUUAUAAUUCCUUAAUUUAUUUUACGUGAUAACGGUAGUGAGUAUUUUUUAAAUGUUUUAGUUUUAAAAGUAAGACUUGAAUGAUAAAUUAAAAAAAAACACCAUUUUAAGUUACAGGCAAUUCUUUCUCUCUCUCUUUCUUUUUGACGUUAACAAAUAUCAUGAAACUGCCACCAA